AUGAGAUUGUCGAGUUUGGUUGUGGCCGUUCAGUUGGCAGCAGCGUCGCCUUUUACGCACGACGCCGGCUUUCUAUCUCGCAGUGCCAAACCAAGCUACGAUGGCUACCAAAUCUACUCCAUCACGCCGUCUUCUGCUGAAGAAGCUCAUCAACUUGACAAGCGCUUUUCCAGUUAUCACACCCACCCCAUCCGCAACACCUUGUCGGUCGCCAUCCCACCCAACGAGAUUGACUCCUUCAAUGCAUUGGGGUUGAACGCUCGUCUGGUGAAUGCGGACCUGGGCAAGUAUAUCCGGUCUACUGAAAAGGAGCCGGUGUACAAGCGGGACCUGCACAAGCGUGGCCAGCUUCCUGAUCUCUCCUGGUUUGACACAUACCAUGCAUACGCCGACCAUUUGGAAUACUGGGACGACCUAGUUGAGGCCUUUCCCGAGAACUCGAAAAAGUUUGCGAUUGGGCAGAGUUACGAGAACAGAACGAUCUGGGCAUUCCAUUUCCACGGUGACAAGGACAAGGUGAAUGGGACUGUUGAGGAAAAGCCCGUUAUCCUCUGGCACGCCACGGUCCACGCACGAGAAUGGAUCUCCACCAUGGUUAUCGAAUACUUGGCGUACCAGCUCAUCGACGGGUAUCAAAAAGGCGAUGCCAAUGUGACCAGUUUCCUCGACUACUACGACUUCUAUCUCGUCCCGUUUCACAACCCUGACGGCUUCCUGUACACGCAAACCAACGACCGUCUAUGGCGCAAGAACCGGCAGCCGCGUCCCAGCCUCAACACGACGUGUCUGGGCACCGACGGCAAUCGCAACUGGAAGUUUGAAUGGGACGCCACGCCUCCCGACGGCGGCUCCACGCCCGAUCCCUGCGGCCAGACGUACCGUGGCGAAGCACCAGGCGACACGCCUGAGAACGCCGCCCUCGACAGCCUCUCGGCCACGCUCUCCAAAACAGGCGCUGGAAUCCGCUCUUUCAUCGACUUUCACUCUUACAGCCAGCUGAUUCUCACGCCUUACGGCUUCUCCUGCGACCCGCUGCCCGAAACCCUGCCUCGCAUGCUGCAAGUCGCGGGCGGCACUGCAAGGGCCAUUAUGGAGGCCAGUACCAGGAACGUGACGUAUGAGUAUGGGCCUGGGUGCCAGAUUCUGUAUUUUUCCACGGGAAACUCCAGAGAUCACCAUUAUGCUGUGCAUGGGGCUGAGCACUCUUGGACCAUGGAGCUGAGUCCAAGGGACCAGGCGGGAGGCGGGUUCGUAUUGCCUCCGGACCAGAUUUGGCCGACGGUCAAGGAGCAGUGGGCGGGGCAGGUGUGGAUGUUGAAUGAUAUUUGGGUGGGCUGA